UCUAAAUUCCCCCUGGUUUUCUUGUAGAAAUGACUCUCCUCGUCGGUUCGUCAAUCUCCUCCCCCUGCUUCAUGAGUUUCGUGCUUUACUAACGAUGGCUUCCCUUUUCGGUUUCAAUCCGAGAAGAAAAAUGUAACAAUUGUGGUGUGCUAUAUUCGCGGUGGAGAGAGACAGAGGGAGACAACAUUUUGGUUAGAUAUAAAAGCCGAAGCAAUUGGAUUGUUAGAUUGAAUUUCGCUACUUUUUCGACCUCCUUGGAUUUUCUGCCGGAAGUUAGAUUUCAUUUUCAUCAGGGCUUCUCUGGAUUUAAGGAGGUUUUGAUUUGUGGGGUGCGUUUCGUUUCAAUGGCGAAAACAGAGGAAGGUGGGAACAGAGCAACCCGGCAGCUUUUCUCAAUGCCAGUGAGUAAUUUUCAGGGAGAUCUGUUGAGGAGAAUUGUUUCCGGCGACGAUUUAUCUCGAAAAGUCGUCGUUGACGAGCCGGUGCAAGAUUCCGACGACGUUGAGCUCAGCCUGGGGCUGUCGUUGAACGGUCGGUUUGGGAUGGACCCCAGAGCCAAGGCGGGCCUGCAACUCAAACGAUCGUCUUCAGUCUCCGACUUCUCGCCUGCCGCGAGGACUCCGGUGAGAGAGGACGAAGCAGCGACGUGUCGUGUACCCCGGCCGUGUAUGGUGCCUCUGAUGAGGACUUGCUCGCUUCCGACGGAGACAGAGGAUGAGUGGAGGAAGAGGAAGGAGCUGCAGAGCUUGAGGAGAAUGGAAGCCAAGCGGAAGCGGUCGGAGAAGCAGCAGAGGAGUUAUUCGAAGCUGCAUAGGGAUCGGAGCCGUGAGAAUUUCGAGGAGGAUAGGCGAGUAGAGGCCGUCAAUGGCGGCGGUUGUCCUCCCCUUCCGCCGCUACCGCCGGCGGAAUCUCAGGGGACUAUUGGGUCUCAGGGGAGUGGCUCCUCGGGGGUUACCGAGUCUGAUGGCCAAGCUGUUCAAGUGGUGCACAAAUGCACCGAAGCGAGAAGCGAUACCAAUAUUGAGUCAUUGCCAAAGAGUGAAAAGGAACCACUCGUCACCCCGCAGAUGAAUUCAACUGCUGAAAACUCUGGGCAGUUGAACGGAGGAGUCCCAAUGGAAAACCACUGCAACAAAUCCACAAAUCCUGUCAAGGGAAGCAAGGAGAUUGUGAGGAAUGUGUUGGAAAAUAUGCCUUGUGUGUCUACUAAAGGAGAUGGUCCAGACGGGAAAAGAAUAGAAGGCUUUCUUUACAGGUACAAGAAAGGUGAGGAAGUGAGGAUAGUAUGCGUUUGUCAUGGCAGCUUUCUGACUCCGGCUGAGUUUGUUAAGCACGCUGGUGGUGGUGAUGUACAACAUCCUCUCAAACAUAUAGUGGUCAGUCCUACUCCCAUUUUGUAAUGAUAGUGUGCCUGUCAGCCAUUCAAAAUCCGAAUGCAAGGUUGAUGAAGAAGGUAGAAGAGACCCAUCAAUUGCCACCUUUUUUUUUUCUUUUUCUUUUUUUUUUCUCUCUGGUCUUUCAAUGGACUGGCCGGCACUUGUAUUGUAUUUGAUCCAUGAAGCCCCUUGUUGAAAAGCUGUUAUGACCAAGAGGCGGGUUGUUUCUAUGUUUUAUCUGUUUUGUUUUCCCCUUUAUUUAUAGAAAUAUAAUCAAAUGGUAACCACAAGGAUCCUCCACUGGAGGAGUAGUCAGAGCUUUGGGUUUGCCAAUUCAUA